AUGUGCCUAUGCAAUGAUUCACCAAUAUUCGUGCUCCUUCAAAAUGUGCUUCAAGACCAGGACUCCAUAGACGUUCCUGUGAAUUUGGCAUCUGGAAGUACGGAUGGACGCAAAGUGACGCGACGAAAGUUCACAUUCAAGGCUAUAGGAAAAGAUGAUAGAAGUGCUUCGGAGCGUCGGAGUCACAUCCAAAUCUCGACCCCGUCGGAUUUCAUGCAUAUAGUGCACAUGGGACCGGCGCCUGUCAAUGAGCUGCAGAAGAAUCUUAUUGACUUGCAGUCGAAUCAUUCGCAUACUUCAUCCGACAAGGAUUCGCUGAAUAGAUCUGUAAAUAAUGACUAA